AUGUCGGGUCGAAAAGUCAGUUUCGCAGCUCUCCCAUUUUCUGGCUGGAGAAGGAAGAGCAGCGCACGGAGGAGAGAGUCCCGACGUUGGAGGGAGCCAGCGUCCAAAGCACUACGGGCCUCUCAGGUGGAGAUGAAGUCAUCUUCCUUGCCCGAAGACGAGAUGAACACCCGAGCCAUGCAGUUACUUGGUGACGCCCUGGACAAAGAUAUUGGUAUUGAAAACGAAAUCGCCACCUGGAUGAAGACGCAGUUCGAGGCGAAAUAUGUCUCCAAAAUCUCCGUGUUGCUCUUUCGAUGCGAUGCCGGA